UCAAAACAAAAAAAAACCGAUUUUUUAUUGUUGCGUAUCGUUUGUUGUUUACUUUCACGUUUCCAUUUUAUCCGGUUAUCUCAAAAUGCUACCAUUCUUCCCGUCGUUACGGCCCGCCAUUGCCAACAAUCUGUGGUUUGCCGCGGACGAGUGCUGCGAUGAAGACGCCGAGGUGAAUUCAAUGGAAACGGAACACCAGGAAUGGCUCAAUCGAAUUACGCAGAUUGGAGCAGAUCUGGUUCCAAUUGGGAAGAACGUAAACGAACACACAGACAACAUGGACUCUGAAGAUGAAGAUGCAAACGACGAGAGUGACGACUCAGACAAUUCCGAUGAAGAUGAUGAGGAUAUGGAUGAUAACAAUGCUAUCCGGCCAAACGAUCGAUUGGUUAUGGAACCGACGUACAACAAUACGGACGAUGAAAUACAGCCCAAUGACACUCUCUAGAGGCGUCGGAUGAAAAGGAUUUUUUUUCGUGAUAUCGAUAAAUCUUCAAACACAAUUAUUAUUAUUAUAUCUCAUUUUAUUGAGUAAGAAGAUAACUAAAAUACAUGUAGGUGUCCUAAACUAGUAA